AUGACAGACUCAAUCGCCGCGGCUAAACUAGCCCUUUAUAUCAUAUUGGUUCAACCUGCCAUAUACUGUCUCUUCAAACAUGGAAAGACUGGUUUUAUCGGCUGGUUAUACGUCCAAAUCUUUUGUGUCCUUCGAAUCGUCACAGGCGGUAUUGGUCUUCACGGCGCCAGUAGCUCGACAGGAACAGUUAUUCUCAACAGUAUUGGUCUUUCUCCUUUAUUGCUUGCAGCGUCUGGUAUCUUGCACGAAGCUCGACGAGCUACAAACCCCCGACUUAACCGACGCUUCGAUAUCGUUCUCGAAGUCCAGUAUCAUGCUUUGGUUGGAGCAGCUAUGGCGCUCAUCAUCGUAUCUGUGAUCAAUCUCCAAAAGGGGAAUGAUGUUUCAACCAAUAAGACUCUUCUCAAAGUCGCAUCUGCAAUCAUCGCACUGGCAUGGUUCCUACUUGCUGUCUGGUCCUUGUGGUCCCUUGGCAAAACUCGAUCAUCUCGAAAUGGCUCUGUACCUUCUCUUCGUGGUGGUAUGCUGCUCUUGUACGCAGUUUUUAUCGCUCUUCCUCUCCUUGCCCUCCGCCUUAGCUACGCGAUUGCCUUUCUCCAACUCCAAAUCUCAGACCCAAACUCGGGUUUCCUGUCUUCAAAAGCAAUCGAAGUAUGUCUUGGUCUGGUUCCUGAGUUACUGGUUACAAUAGUCUUUGUCGCUGUUGGUGUCAAGACUCGAAACAUUAAACACGAUAUCAAGAAGUUGGACUUUUCCAAGCCUAUUGGAGAGAGUCACGAAUUUCGGGCCCAAACUGCACAGGCUUAA